AUGCCUCAAACCGCAGGCCCAGAUGGCGAAUACUGGCUUCCUGGAUACCAGCUCUCGCGGCAUAUUGUUCUACGACAGCUACAAUACUUCUUAGGUCCGUCUGCGACCGUAAGGCCAUACUCUCUCCAUGGCCGGGAAGGAUACCUAAUCAAUGGAACACCCUUGACCAAGGAACAAAUCGAAGAUCUUCGACGACAGUCCCAUGAAUAUGAGAGGCAGCAGACUAUCAGAAUGAACGGCAAAGCAGUUGCCGAUGCCGCCGAGCCUGAUAUCAACGAGCCUGUGAUUGUGAAAAUCAGCAGACGAAACAGCCCCGCCUACAGGGAAAGGGACAGGGAUGGAGGCCAGAUGGACAGGGACAGGGACAGGGAGAGAGAUAGAGAUAGAGAUUCAGCAUAUUCCUGGAGCAGAAGGCACCGGUGA